UCAUUAUACAGAAAUCAGCGUGACUUUCAAGAGAGCUUGCCAUUGAAUGUUUUUAAUUUUGAUGCCCGGCUAGAGUUUGCAUCGGAAAAUGGAACCGGGAUUGAAAGGUUCCAUGGUGAACCGCGUAUUCAACAGGAGGGCAUAUACACCGAGCUGAUUCCGGAGUCAAUGAUGGUAAUUAUACUUACAGCGAAGUUACCCAAUAUGAGCCUUAUAAAAGAAGGGACUAAAGUAUGUGCCUUACUUCCUUUCUUUAAACUUUUUAGCCGUUCCUCUAGAUGUUUGCUCUCUACAUUGUCCCUUUCCUUGCGAUUAUAUAUUACUACUCUGACACACCUUGACUAUGGUCUUUUAACAGAAAAAUUUUCCAUAUUAUAUAAGUUUGAUUGUUUUAUCCAUUUACCAUUAUUCAUCCGUUUAUCUCCUUACUUUCCCUUAUAUAUAUUUUAAACAUCACUUGUUUGAUUAAGACCUUUUUAGGAAUGGCGCUUGAGGGGUCUCAUUUGGAAAUAGGCCAUACAGCGUUUAUGGUUUCGUUCAAUUUCUUUUUUCAUUUGAUUUCACGAUUUUAGUCGUGUUUUCCAGCGUUACCAAGCCUACUAAGUCGAUUAUAACAUGAUUUUUGCAACAAAUAAAACUGAAUAUUUUGCAGACCUCUGAGAGCGAUGGUUCCCGAACGUACACUUCCUUUGCGAAAUCAAAAGAAGACAGCGACAUUGAAUAUGUGAACCAAAUAACUGCUCCUGAGAAUGUUAAUGCUUGCUAA